UUUACUGUGUGUGUGUUCGAUCGAUUCGAUUCUAUCUCUCUCUCUCUAAUAAUUUACAACAUGGAAGACCAAUACGGGAUGGCAGAUCUACGGCAGUACAUAACCGGCGGCAGGCCUUACUUUCCGGCAGUAUCCCGGCAGCCGGACUUCCUUCAGUCGAGCCAUCACCACCACCGGGGUUUGAUUUCACCCCACCCCUAUGAUAUGCUCAUGUUUGGCUCAGACCAUCCCAAUAUUGUACUUAAUGCUAGCGCUGGUGGUGGUGAGCCCAGCAGCGCCGCCGCCGCCCGGGGCUUGAGUGUGUCGUUCGAGAUGGAUGCCGCCGGUGGUGCAAUUGGCGGCGGAGACGGUGGUUGUACGGCGAGGUGGCCACGGCAAGAGACACUAGCUCUCCUUGAGAUCAGAUCAAACCUUGAUUCCAAAUUCAAGGAGGCCAAUCAAAAAGGUCCCUUGUGGGAUGAAAUCGCACGGAUAAUGUGUGAAGAGCACGGGUAUCAGAGGAGCGGUAAAAAAUGCAGAGAGAAGUUUGAGAAUUUGUACAAGUAUUACAAAAAAACCAAAGAAGGCAAAUCUGGAAAACGACAAGGCAAACACUACAGAUUCUUCAGACAACUCGAAGCUCUCUACGGUGAUCAAACGGCCAGUAAUAAUAAUAAUUAUAAUAAUAAUAAUAAUAAUAAUAAUAAUAAUAAUUAUUCGGCCUCGGUUAUCUCCGGAACUAAUUACGAUCGCUGCAAUUAUCCAUUAGCUAAUAAUAGUAAUUAUCAAGAAGCCUCCUGUUUGGUUCCUAAGCUGUCUGCAGAAACCAGCCACGUCAGCUUCUCGAAUUGCUCGUCGGAUUCAAACACGAGUUCUUCGGACGACGAGAGCGAUACGAACAACCCGAGGAAGAAUAAGAAGAUGAAGAAAAGGGGCGGCAAAAGGGAUUUGAAAGCAAAGAUCAAGGAGUCCAUUGAAGCACAAAUGAAGAAGCUGAUGGAGAAACAAGAAGCUUGGAUGGAGAAGAUGAUGAACACCAUUGAGCACAAGGAUCAAGAAAGGAUAAUGAGAGAGGAGCAAUGGAGGAAACAAGAUUCCGAUCGAAUCGAAAGGGAGCACAAAUUCUGGGCCGGCGAACGGGCCUGGAUGGAAGCCCGUGAUGCUGCUUUGAUGGAUGCUUUCAACAAAUUCACCCGAAAAGAAUUUACUAGGGCGGAUAAUUCACCCUCCGGGAAUUACAACAGUAAUAAUAUUAUAUGGCCGGAAUCGGAAAUCACGAGGCUGAUUCAGCUGAGAAAUGAAAUGGAAUCGAGAUUUCAACAAUGUCGGAUUAAUGGUAGCAAUUCGGACGGGAUGCUGUGGGAGGAAAUAGCGGCGAAAAUGGGGUGUUUUGGAAACGAACAGAAGUCCGCGUCGAUGUGUAGAGAAAAAUGGGAUAGCGUGAACGAUUAUUUGAUCAAGUGCAACAAGAAGAAACUUAGAAGGGAGAAUAUUAAUACGACGACGAAAGGCGGCUCGUCAUGCAUGUAUUAUCAUGAUGAUACUGAUAAUCAAUCCAUCGUUUGCAAUCAAGGAUUAGGAGGGUUAUUAGCCUAUUCAUCGUGUGACGCAAUUAGUACCGAACCGCAGUUGUCGAACAGUACCGCAGUUAACGAUACCUGCUUAAGGUAUUUCUUUGGAGAUGGCUAUGGAAGAAGUUGAUUAAGUAUAUAUAGAGCUUUCUGUUGAUCAUGUGUGGUAAUGUUUCCUAAAUUAUAUCUCUAUAUAUUAUUGUUAGUUUAUAUUAUAUUUCUUGUAGGGAUUAAUUAAUUAAUCCUGUGGAUUUGUAGUAGCUAUAGUUAUGUGGGAACUGAUUGUUUAAGAUAUAUAUAUGAUUGGAAUAAAUAAAUUGUCUGGUCAUUU